AAAGAGUGGGUAAGGUGUAAGAAGAGAAGACACUUGUCGACUCCAGCAAGCCCUAAAUCAGCGAAGAAGAAGGAGACGACACGCUGCUGCUCUUUCCUUGUUUCUUCCCUUCCAUUUCUUCUGCACAUACAAGGAUAUUCAAAUACCCUUUGAGAUCUAGUAACAUGGGAUCUUACAUGAAUUUCAAGAACGUUGCUGACACGCCACAGCUGGAGAGCAACGGGGGGAAGUCAAUUGGUAAUGGUGAUUUCCCUUUGGCUAGGCAAUCUUCGAUAUACUCGUUGACGUUUGAUGAGCUUCAAACUACAUUUAGUGGCCUUGGAAAAGAUUUUGGAUCAAUAAAUAUGGAGGAACUGUUGAAAAGCAUUUGGACAGCUGAAGAGUCUCAAGCUGUGACAUCUUCUACUGGUGGAGAAGGAGAUGGGAAUGCACCUGUAGGAAAUCUACAGAGGCAAGGUUCUUUGACGUUACCUCGGACACUUAGUCAGAAAACUGUUGAUGAAGUAUGGAGAAACUUUCAAAAAGAAACUACGGUAUGUACUAAAGACGGAAGUGACACUGGGAAAUCAAACUUUGGGCAGAGGCAGUCUACCUUGGGAGAAAUGACAUUGGAGGAUUUUCUGGUGAAAGCAGGUGUAGUUAGAGAAGAUGUGCAAUCUACUUCAAACUCAAGUGGUAUUACAUUUAACAAUGGUUUAAGUCAACAGAACAACAACAAUGGUUUCAACAUAGCAUUUCAGCAACCAACUCAAAACACUGGACUGUUGAUUAAUCAAAUUGCAGGCAAUAAAAUGUUGAAUGUGGUUGGUCCCACAGCCUCACAGCAACAACAACCUCAGAAGCAACAGCCUCUUUUCCCCAAGCAAACAACAGUGGCAUUUGCAUCUCCUUUGCAGUUAUCAAAUAAUGGUCACCUGGCUAGCCCUCGAACAAGGGCUCCUGCUGUUGGAAUGUCCAGUCCUUCUGUAAAUGCUAAUAUGGCUCAAGGCGGAGUUAUGGGGAUGACAGGAUUUUAUAAUGGAGUUUCACCAGCAAAAGGAGGAUCCCCUGGAAACGAUUUUGUUGCAAGGAGCAAUGUGGAUACAUCGUCUCUUUCACCUUCCCCUUAUGCAUAUAGUGAAGGUGGAAGGGGAAGGAGAUCCGGUAGUUCUUUGGAAAAAGUUGUGGAGCGAAGGCGUAGGAGGAUGAUUAAGAACAGAGAAUCUGCAGCUAGAUCAAGGGCUCGGAAGCAGGCCUAUACUUUAGAGUUGGAAGCUGAAGUGGCAAAGCUAAAAAAAAUUAAUGAAGAGUUGCGGAAGAAACAGGCUGAAAUUAUUGAGAACCAGAAAAAUCAGCUAACCGAUAAAAGGAAUAUGCCACGUGGAUAUAAAUUAAGAUGCUUGAGAAGGACACUGACAGGACCUUGGUAGAAGAAUAUGGAGUUGAAGCAAAAAUUGCUGAGUACAAGCAUAGGCAAUAGUUGGGUGGAUGGGAUUGCUAGUUAUGAUCUGAUUCAGAUCUACCUUCGUCACAUGUGUGGUAACCUUAUGUAUGGUAAGGAGAUGGUAUACCCAUUUAUGUACAUUAUGUAAACGAUUUGCUUGUAUGAAUUCCUCUGUGUACUUUUAA